AUGACGCCAAGCACAACAUCAACAGCUGCUGGCACGCAUUCGGACAGCGAACGCCCAAAUGACAACACAUCAUCACCACUGGACCCGCAGCUCGAGCUCCGCCGGAAGAUCAGCCAGGCCAUUGACGAGGGACACGACGCAGACAUCCCCAGCAGCGAGGGGUUCGUGCUCACCGAGGAGGAGGAGCUCAGACGCCAGCGGUCUAUAGCGGAGCGCAGGAGGAACUCCAUCGCUAGUAGUAGUAAGAGGGGGGGUGUUAGAGGAAAUGGAAAUCACGAUGUGGAGAAAGGGCGGGUACCACUACCAGCGGCGGCUGGGCGUUCUAGCGGCGAAGAGGACGGCGACGAUGAUGCCGAUUCGGGUCUCAAUGUCGUCUGGUGGGAUGGCCCCGACGACGAGGAGAAUCCGUACAACUGGCCGACAUGGCGGAAAGUUAUGAACUGCGGGUUCAUCAGUGCCAUGACCUUUGUCUCGCCUUUGGCUUCAUCCCUCUUCGCCCCCGGCGUCCCCCAAGCCAUGGCCGAGUUCUCCUCCACCUCCCUCGAGAUUGCCUCCUUCGUGGUGUCGGUGUACAUCCUGGGCUUCGCCGCCGGCCCGCUGCUCUUCGCCCCGCUCUCCGAGAUCUACGGCCGCCUCAUGCUCUACCACAUCGCCAACGUCGGCUUCGUCGCCUUCUCCGUCGCCUGCGCGCUCUCCCCCACGCUCGACGCCCUCAUCGUCUUCCGCUUCCUGUCCGGCGUCUUCGGCUCCGUCGCCAUCUCCAACGGCAGCGGCACCAUCGCCGACAUGAUCACGCAGGAGAAGCGCGGGAUCGCGAUUGCGAUUUUCAGCAUCGGGCCCCUGCUAGGCCCGAUCGUGGGGCCGGUCGCGGGAGGGUUCUUGACCGCGGCCGAGGGGUGGAGGUGGGCGUUUUGGCUGCUGGCGAUCGUGGGCGGCGUGCUGCUCGUGCUCAUGCUGUUCACGCUGAAGGAGAGCUACGCGCCGGUGCUCCUGGAGCGGAAGGCGGCGAGGCUGCGCCGGGAGACGGGUAACAAUAUGCUGCGGUCGAAGCUCGACGCCGGGCUGUCGCCCAGGGAUUACUUCAAGCGCGGCAUCGUCCGCCCGUUUCGCAUGCUGUUCCUCUCGCCCAUCGUGGCGAUUGCGGCGGUUUACGUGGCGGUCACGUACGGGUACCUGUACCUCAUGUUCACGACGAUCACGGAGGUGUUCCAGCAGUACUACGGCUUCUCGACGAGUAUGGUCGGCCUGGCGUUUCUCGGGCUGGGCGUGGGCUCUAUAUUCGGCAUUCUAAUCUUCAGCUCGACGUCUGACAAGUACAUGAAGCGGAAAUCGGCGGAGGCUGAUGCGAUAGCCGAGGCAAGCGGCGGCGUCAAGCCAGACAUGAAGCCUGAGUACCGGCUGGUGCUGCUUCCGGUCGGGGCCCUCUUGAUCCCGGCCGGGUUGUUCAUCUACGGGUGGACGGCCUCGUUCCGGGUGCACUGGAUCGCGCCGAUCAUUGGGACGGCUGUCGUGGGCAUGGGGAACAUCAUUGUCUUCUUGACGGUGCAGCUUUACUUGGUGGAUACCUUUACGAUCUACGCGGCGUCGGCCAUUGCAUCCAACACCGUUGUCCGGUCUCUGGCAGGUGCUCUGCUCCCGUUGGCGGGCUUGCCGAUGUACGAAAAACUGGGCAUCGGCUGGGGCAACAGUUUGCUGGGAUUUGUUGCUGUCGCGCUGUUUCCGGUAGCAAUUGUCAUGUUCAGGUAUGGAGAGCGAUUGAGAACGCGGUUUCCUAUUAAGAAUCUAUAG